UAUUCGUGAGCAGCAAACAUUUUUGGCACAAAUUAAACAAAUCAAAAAUUCCAAGAUUUCAGUUAGAUGUUAAAUUGUUAGUGUAGAGAAAAGCGAGAGAGAAGCGUUCAAAAUGGCCAACAACAACGAGAAGGAGACUUUUUCUGCUGCCAGAAAGUGGGCGCCAGUAGCUUCCUGUCCGGAGACUUCGUGCCACAGGCGUCGCCCAGCGCUGGAGUCACCAGCGCCACCAGCGCCACCAGCGGCACCAGCGGCACGCCCGCACGCCAGCCAGCAUUCAAUGUGGACAUCGGCUGAGGAGAAGCAACAGCUCGGUCCAACAUCAGUGGAGGCAGCCAGGAGUUCGGGCAAUCAGCUUCCAUUUUCAACAGGAUCGUCUCCCUACAGCCGCCUGCGGCCAAGCACUUCUCGUCCUCAAUUAACGUUCUCGGCAGAUCGUGCCUCGGCCAUUGGAUCGAGCUUGGGCUCUGGCUUAGACUUGGAUGAAGAGCCAUUGGAAGCCACUUCGGUUUGGUCACCAAAUUGGCGUCUGGAGAUGCCGCCGUCCGUGGAGGCAUUGCGAAAACAGUACCCAAAUGAGGAGGCAAAUCCCUCAACAACCACACUUGCAUCACCGUCUGCCACCUCACACGUGCCAACACAGAUUUGGGUUGCAAGUUCCCGCACUCGGACAUCGGCUGCAGCUUCAUCUUCGGAUGAAGAGCACAGUUGUGCCACAGUUAGUCGCCCUCGGCCUAGGCCUCGGCCUUGCUGGUCCAGGCCAGCUCGAGAUAAAUCUGCAGGUUCAGCCUCUUGGGGGCAGCUUUCAGCGGCAGCGGGUGAGGAGACAAUCGGCUGCCCCAUUGCUGAAUGCAACGACACAUUCUCCGCCUGCAAUCUGCUGGCCCACGUGCUCGUGGAGCACUUGCCGCGGGGCAAACAGGAUCUGAGGUAUGCCCACGACUCGGAGACCUGUGUGUUUUCCUUCGAGCCCAGACAGCUGAGGCCCUGCCGCACUGUGUGCCUGGGCGUGGUUCUGUUUUGCGGCAACAAAAAGGGAGUCGAAGAGGUCCCGCUGUGGGCGCCACUCGAGAGGAAAGCAGGUCCGCGGCAGGAGUUCAGGGAGUACUUGCCGGUGCUGGUGCUGGGCCAGCACACAUUUGAGGACGGAUACGAGAAGGAGAAGGCAGAGCUCAAGUCCGGCAGAGUGCCACCGCCCCAGGGAUCGUACUUCAUCUGGGCACAGAGCGCGGCGGGCAGUCGGCCACUGUACGCCACCAUAACGGCCUUCAACGGAGAGCUGACACAGUCGCGCAGCUGCAUUCGUCGUGUGGCCACUGGUAGCGAUGCUACUCAUCCCACGGUGGAUGGCAUGGAGAAGCCGCGACGCUGCAAAUCGCUGCACCUAACCGAAAUGGACAUGCAGGCGCUGAGGGGAGAGUCGCGCCGCAAGGAGAUUUGCCUCCAAAUGAUCAUCCAUGAGCAGCCAACGGUGUCUAAAACCUGCGCAAGUUAUCGCAGCUCUGACUAGAGGAGGAUCAUGGGCAGUCCCUCCCACUCGAGGGAGCGUGACACGAGUGCUCGCGUCCUGUGGCACUUGUAUCAUAAUGGCAAUCGUUUCCAACUGCCAUGCGACACCACAGCAGGAGGAGAAGGCCUGGCCUGGCUUCCUCUGUGCCAUUAUUGCCACCGAACCCUCAAGUCAUUAAGGUGCAGCAGCCAGAAGACGAAGCUGCCUUGCCUCUCCUCUUCCCCCCAGAAGGAGAGCCAGCCACCAUCAAAGGAGCUGCAUAAAGGAGCUCCGCUGCGCUGCACUGCGCUGUGCCUCCCUUCUUAUUCGAAAGUAAUUAGCAUAAAAGUAAAUACCACUCAUUAA